GCCUAUUUUGCGAGUCGUCUGCGUGGCGUUCAUUUGAAGUGACAGCUUGAAGCAAUAAACUAGGAAUUAUGGCGAAAAUUGAACUCGAAAAUCAUGAAGCCAAGCAUCUUUCAACAUCUUGUGACGAUGAUAAGUUUGAACAUGUGAAACUACUGCGUUUUCCUAAAACUCAGACUGACUUAGAUGAUCAAAAGGAAAAACAAGCUGAUGACAAUGGAGAAUAUGGAAGCAGUAAAGGCUCUGCAUGUUUUACCCGCAAAAACAUAUUGAACUAUAUAUAUUCCUUAUUUCCUAUUGUAACCGUAUUGCGCUGUUACAAUAUCAAAGAAUAUCUCUUGAAAGAUGCAGUCAGUGGUUUGUCGACAGCAUGUCUACACUUUCCGCAAGGUAUGGCCUUUGGAAUACUUUCUUCUCUGGCCCCAAAAUACGGACUUUAUACAUCAUUCUUUCCUGUUAUUUUAUAUGUGAUUUUCGGAACAUGUCCGUUUGUGUCUUUCGGAACCAACGCCGUCAUCUCGUUAUUUACGGCAAAUCUCGUUCAAAGUCAGCUGAUGACACCACCGACUUCGAGUGGAGGCGCCAAUAGUUCCAACAACAGUGUUGGACAAAUGAAUGAGGAUGAUUUCGUGGAAAUGAAAGCGGCCGUCGCAGCUGGUUCUUCGUUCAUAGUGGGCGUUAUGCUUCUGGUCUUAGGACUGUUCAGACUAGGGUUUAUAGCGACAUACAUGUCGUCACCAUUUGUAGGGUCCUUUACAACCACUGCUGCUAUCCACAUCAUGACCAGUCAGGUUCCAAAGAGUCUUGGGGUUCAGAUACCUGCAGUUUCUGGUCCUGGCAAGCUUGUUAUAACAUAUAUCGAAAUCUUCAAGAACAUUGCAACGGCAAAUAUUGGUUCAGUUGUCACUUCUAUCAUAUGUAUCAUUAUUUUAGUUUUUGUGAAAGAUUUUAUUAAUGAAAAGUUUAAAUCGAAAAUGUUUAUGCCAAUUCCAAUAGAUCUUAUUCUAGUGAUUUGCGGAACGGUCGUGUCCUAUGUCAGUGAUUUGAAUUCACGAUUCGGUGUUCCAGUCGUAGGGAAUAUACCGCCUGGUGUGCCAGCUCCCACAUUUCCAGACAUAAAAACUGACAUAAUAGGAAAUUCUAUUGUUGUUGCCAUUAUAAUUUUUGUAUUGACCAUAUCUAUGGCCAAAGUUUGCGAUAACAAAAAUGCCAUGAAUGCUGAUCAAGAGCUGGUGGCUUAUGGAAUGGCCAACUUCGGCAGUUCUUUUUUCCGAUGCUUUCCCGCCUGCGUGGCUCCACCACGUACCAUCUUGCUGAAAACCAUGGAGGCUAAAACCACUUUAAAUGGCAUCUUCUCUGCCUUGGUGAUUUUGCUUAUAUUGCUCUUUCUAGGAGAAUACUUUCAAUACUUACCGUUGCCUGUUCUAUCAAUAAUGGUCAUUAUGGCGGUUAAGAACUUGCUUCUUCAAUUUCGUCAGCUACCCCGGUUAUGGAAGAUAAACAAGUAUGACUUUACGGUUUGGGUUGUUACGAUCAUUUCUGGAGUAUUUAUUGACUUCCCGUAUGCUUUAUACUGCGGGGUAGGACUAAGUGUAUUUCUUAUUGUUUUUCAAAGUCAAAGAGGGAAAUUAGCUUUGCUUGGAAAACUGGAGAACGAAGAUUUGUACACCAUGGAAGCGAAAUACACAGCACUGCCUCCAAAUGUUAAGAUCUUUAAAAUGGAAUCGUCACUUUUCUUUGCAACAUCAGAAUCCUUUCGUGAUAAUUUGUACAAAUUAACCUGGGACCCAAGAACAAUGAUGAAAAAAGAUGCUGACGAAGUAACUCUUUCUGUACAGUCAAUACCCAUCAAUGACGACAACAAACCGGAAGUCGACAAAAACAACACAAUCAAUGACGGCAACAAACCGGAAGUCGACAAAAACACCGCAAACGAAAUGACGAAAUCGGUCAUCAUUGAUUGUUCCUCGUUCAAUUAUGUAGACGUCAAUGGGAUUUCCACAAUGUCGCUCGUUGUCAAAGAAUACCGGUCUGUUGGGAUCAAGGUGCUUUUGGUUAGAUGCACCACUAGCUUUAUGUUGGUAAUGAAGAGGUCAGAACUGAUGGAAACUGUCGGCGAAGAAAAUAUUUUUCCAGACUUCGUGGACGCAAUUGCUUUAAACGUUUCAGACACAAAGCUUUAGAGUAAUUAUGAUCUUUCGUAAGUUCUACUUUUCAAAGGAACGGAUGGAAAAAAUGUAUGAAUCAUUUUAUACUGAAUAUGUACAUAUCAUUAUAUACUAAAUUAAAAUUUCCCGUGAGAAGAUUAAGAGGAAUUGGGAGAUCUGCAAAAUCCGUCCUUUUGAAAACGUUGUACAAAUACGUGUAGUCUGUAGCAGUUUGAAAAAAUGGCAGACAUGUAGUCAUUAAUACUAUCUAAUAUGGUGUUACAUUUACCCCCCCCCCCCCCCCUUCAACAAGUGUACUGUCGUUCUUUGUGUCACUUUGCUUUAUCGGGCGUGUAAAUGUGACACACUGUGAUUGAAACGAUAGUCAAUUAUGUGAAAUUUUAUGAAACGGUUGAUACAUAGCAACUCUGAACUGGAGUUAGAGAGAGAGACAGAUAGAAAAAGGACUGAAAAAUUUCCAAAAAUGGAGACCUUAGCUUGCAUCUUAAAGUAGGGUGUAGUUGUCUUCACACUAAAAGGGUCAAACAGAAAACCAUUUCAAGAGCUUUAUUCAUUAAAACAAGUCGAGAUGCUAAAAAAAACCUCACAAUUGUUGAUAAUCGUUGUGAAAAUAUUUGAUAUUAAAAUGUUUUUAAAAAAAAUGUUUGACAGACUUUGUUUCAUGCUAUUAUUAUUCAGAAUAAGAUAGGGCUUGCUACAUUGUUUGAUGCGAAGCCUAUUGCCUUGACUUUCCCAUUUCACGAUAUAUCAAAAUCAUUUCCACCUUUUAUCACAGUUGCCAAACGUCAUUUGGAUACAACCACAUGAGCUAAACCCGUUUGGGCUCGUACUCAAUAGCUGUGAUACCAUAAAUAUAGAGUUUGGGCCCAAACGGGCUUAGCCACUGUGGAUACAACCAUUCCUACGCAGGAUACAAUCGUGCUUUUAACACAGUGUACAACCAACCCCCACGGUACUUUACAAUGGAGAGUGGAGAUGUCCGUGAGG